AUGGCUUCUGAAGUCGAAGUGCAGCGACGCCUGCUCAGACGCGAAGAAACAAGCCUCCUCCGCACUCUCACUCAAGUGAGGGAACGAAUUAAUGCCCUCGCACCCAUCUCCUCCCUCCCUCCUGAGAUCCUCACCCACAUCUUCCUCCUCCAUGUCGCUAACGCAGUUGACCUCAGCGUCCUCCCCAUCUCCCCAUCAGCCCUCUUUGAUAGUGCCUGCUUAAGUGACUCCCGCUUUCUCCAGUCUAUCACCGCCCUCGAACUGUCCAGCGUCUGCCGUCUGUGGCGCAACGUCGCUCUCAAUUGUGCCGCCCUCUGGAUGAAUGUUACCAUUACUUAUCAAAGUAACCCGGCUUGGACAGCUCUCCAGCUCUCCCGCAGUAAGAACAUGCCCUUCGCGCUCACCCUCUUGAAACAUGCUAGAGUCGACGCCGUUUUGUCCAGUCUCACUCGCGUCCAGGGCAUCGACCUCGUGUGCGACAUCGACCAGGACAUCCUUCAGUGCCUCGUUGACCGCGCACCACUCCUCCAGCAUCUCAUAUUUUCCGGCUUCUAUGAUUCCAGAGUCCCGCUUCAAGCUGUUUUCCGCCCUGAGUCCUCUCCACAUUUGUACCGCGUUGAGGUAUACACUCAGAUCCCUCUCUCUGUCCUGCCCGCCCACACGCUCCGCCACCUAGUCAUCAAUAACACAAUGGCCUACACCAGUAGCCUCGUCGAUGUAUUGGAGACGAUGCCUUUGCUCGAGCACAUGGAGCUAUGCUGUAAGUUUGGGGAUUGGGAUAGAGCUCCUUAUUCGAUAACACUUGGUUCCAUCCGGAUUUUGCACGUCGCAUGUUGUGACGAUUCACUACCCGUGGCAUUCCUCGACAGUAUCGUGCUCCCGAAUCUGACCACUUUCAGCGUGGGCUCGCCCUCAAAUGCCAGCACAUCGCUCAUGGCCGCAUUCGUAUCCAAGCUCUCCCCCUUCGACACGCUCACAAUCAUGCAAAACGGAUCAGUAAUUUUUGCGGGAUAUCGCUUCCUCAAGCAUAUUGGCACCAUGGUGUUUCCCCACUCGCUUGCACACCUUCGCCGUCCGAGACCUGCGAAUAGCUGCCCGCUUUCAGUCAUCGCGUACGGUGUCAGACAGAAUGAGCAGAUCGAGCAGGAUAUGCGUGCCACCCUAUUCGCCUCGCCCGCACUGGAUGGCGUCCGGUACCUCAGUGUUACGCAGUAUCACAAGCUCGAUAAGCUCCUCACGCAACUCGCCGUCACCCCGUGUCUGCCGAACAUGCAUGCCCUGGAGAUCAUAGACAUGGACAUUGACUCUCAGGACCAUACCAGAGUCACGGUGGGGGCCGCGCUCGUUCACUGUGUGUCGGCGCGCCGCGCGUGCCCGAACCUUGCGGACAUGGAGAUUAUAGUGCUCACUCAGUGCGCGUGGGUCACGGACGCCCUCUUGACCGAGCUGAGUGCAAUCGUCUUCAUGAUCAUGGUCGACCACGAGAUCUGGUCUGGUCCGGACACAACGCCCGCGACGAGACUCGACUGA